CGACCGGAUCCCAUUUCUGAGAUUUUUCCUCCCUUCUUCCACCCGUUUCCCGAUUCAAGUCAGCGGUUAGGGUUUCGAGAUCUCCGCAUCGCACGGCGGCCAUGGCGGCAAACACAUUUAGCACAGUCAAGGUAAGCAAUGUAUCACUGAAAGCAUCACUGCGAGAUGUAAAGGAAUUCUUUUCCUUUUCUGGUGACAUUGUGCAUGUUGAAAUGCAAAGCAGUGAUGAGCUGUCUCAAGCUGCCUACAUUACUUUUAAGGACAAUCAAGGAUCUGAGACAGCUAUGCUUCUUACGGGUGCCACAAUAGUUGAUAUGGCUGUCAUUGUCACUCCAGCCACUGAUUAUGAGUUGCCAGCUUAUGUUUUAGCUGCUCUAGAGUCCAAGGAUGCUAAGCCUUCUGCCCUGCAAAAGGCAGAGGACAUUGUUGGGACCAUGCUGGCGAAGGGGUUCAUUCUAGGUAGGGAUGCACUGGACAGAGCAAAAGCCUUGGAUGAGAAGCAUCAACUCUCAUCAACUGCAACUGCUAGAGUAUCUUCCUUUGACAAGAAAAUUGGUUUAAGCGAGAAGAUCAGUGUUGGCACUUCGGUUGUAAAUGAUAAAGUGAAGGAAAUGGAUCAGAAAUACCAAGUCUCUGAGAAGACAAAGUCAGCACUGGCAGCUGCUGAACAGAGUGUCUCUACUGCUGGAUCUGCCAUCAUGAAGAACAGAUAUGUCCUUACUGGAGCAGCAUGGGUAACUGGUGCUUUCAAUAAGGUUGCCAAUGCCGCAAAUGAUGUUGGCACGAAGGCAAAAGAAAAAAUAGCGGCUGAGCAGGAGCACAAGACUGUAGAGCACGAGUCUGCACAACCUAACAGCUCAGAAGGCCAUUCAACACAAAAGGAUCUAGAUGGUGACUUCGCUAAGAUACAGGUCUCCGAAUCCCCUGAAGAUAUUCCCAUCUCUACGACUGCAACAGUCCCCAUUACUGAUGAUGAUCCCAGUCAGGCGUCUCCACCUGCCACUGCUCCUAAAAAGCCAGAACCUGCGCAGGGGUUGAUACUAUGAUUCCAUUGAUAGAUGAGUGUAAAUAGACACGAAAUGGUCACUGAAUUCAGUUUGUAGUGUUGCUGUGAUCCUUUAAAUUGAACCUCUUCAAAGCCUGGAAUUAAUUGGUGCCUGGAAUAGGUUGCAGUUUGUAGUUUGUACCAACUAUUUUUAUCAAUCGAACAUUAUUGUUAUGCAUUAGCGACCUUCUUAAAAGGCACCAAACAUUGAUAUACCAUUUUGGCUUGGUUUAUUGAUGUGGAAUUGGUGGAAUAUAUGACAAAUCAAGUUUUAAGCA